CUGCGCGGGCCUCUCGGGGACACUGGGACCGUGGCCAGAUUCGGCCAUUAAGAGCCUUAUUUAGAAACCCCAAUAAUGACUUGGCUAUUUAUUAAGCGCCUGCUGGAUGCUUGGAAAGGACGCCAGGAAAAUGUCAUUAAGAUUCUUCAAUAUCUUGAAAGGGAAACUAAGGCUAAGAGGGCGGAGCCUUGAAGAGUAUGGAGAACACAAAGUAGCAGUUGGGACCGAGAGACGAAAAGUCCACCGAAGAGUUCUCAGUUCUCUUAACCCACCACCACCCAGCUGGCAGCUCUGAGGAUGACGCAGAUGGAGGUCUUAGGAGCAGAUUGCUGGAGAAUGCAGUAGCCGGGCCAGGCUGUCAGAAGGACACAAAACAGACCCUACCCCCAUCUUCAGCCCUGCCUUGGGCCCAGCCCCCCCAGCAGGCUGGGCCUAAUUCGGUGCCUCUGACUCAGCUUCGGGUACACAGAGGCCCGGGGGCGUGAGCACUAACUCUCCAGUCUGGCCCCCCAGGGGCCUCGCGCUGGGGCCCGAAAUAGCUCAUUUUGAUCCCGCUACCUGGGCCAGGAGCCCGGGCCUGGCAAGAGGUGCAACAGCUGCUCUGCAGCAAGAGGGAAAUUGUUGGAUGACCAUCAGGGCGGUCUGACUGGCCUGAUGGAGGUUAGAAAGGAGAAGGAGUACCCGAUUACCCUUUCAACGGGUAGAACACAUUGGACUCGGGCGGGAAAGAACUUUCGGCUUCCACAAGAAGGGGCGGCGUGACAGCAGGACUGCAGGAAAAUAAGAAUCCUUUAGAACGCCUCCAACUCCAAGCCCUUCCCAUUGGUCCACAGUCUUGCCAAUUAUUGAUGUACGCUCCAGGUUCUCCAAUCAAACGCGCUCUCUCAAGCAUGCCAGCGUUAUAGACAGUCAGUGAAACACCUCCCAUUAGCCCCUUUCCAACUUUUAUUUUCCUGUCUCUCAUUGGUCUCCUUGGAGGCCGCUCUCUUCCGGAGCGGGCACUCCCAAAGAGGGGCGGGGCUGAUGGAGCAUUGCUAAGCGACAAGAUGCGCACUGGGUUUGUCGGGUGAAGAAGCGGAGCUGGCACAAGCGCCCCAGAGUAGCUGCAGGAUGGACCGUGGCCUGUCAGUUUUCUCCAUCCAAGAAAGCCCCUUUGGAGAUGCUUCCCUGGGUGGAGGCCACGAUUGGCCAUCCCAAAGCCAGACCUGGCAAUCCAAGACUCUGAGCCCAUCCAGGCCCCAGAGAUCCAAGCUCCCACGAGCUCCCAAGGCUGCAGCCAACUCCCCUGAACUGUUUGAAGAGUCCUGGCCAUCCAGUUCAGGGACCUCUUCCCCAUCCAGCACCACUGAGAAGGCCUCUCCACCGCCUACCCUGAUUGACAGUGGGGACUCAGUGAUGGCCAAGUAUAUAAACAGGUUCCGCCAAGCUCAGCCCACAAGUCGAGAGGAACGCCAGCCUGUAGGUCCAACCCCAGAUGACUUUUGGUGGCUUCGGCCAGAAUCUCCAGAUCUCAGCAGUCAGUAUGCAGCAGCAGGAGCCCGUGAACGGAAAGGAAAACUCAAAACAGCAAUUCUCGUUCCCAAGGUGGCCAGCGCAUCCCAGGCUGAGGCUCCACUUCAGGAAAUAAAGCAGAAGCUCAACACAUGGAGCUCAUCGCUGCUGGACCUGGAGACGCUAAGCCUGCAGAGCAGAGCUACCAGGCUGCUCAAACGCAGCAAGGCCUCCAUCUCCUCCUCCUCCUCCUCCUCCCUCAGCCCCAGUGAUGCCAGCAGUUCCUCCUUCCCAGUCAGCUCAGAUGGCCUCUCUCCCUUUUCCAUGACCUUCACCCCUGACGCCAGCAAGAGCUGUGGCUCCAGAGCACCUGCAGCCCCGGUACCAGCCCAGGCCCCUACCCCUGCUCCAGCCCCAGCCCCAGCCCCAGCCCUGGCCUCCCCCCAAGAACCCCUUCCGCCAGAGGAUGACAUUUUGUACCAGUGGCGGCAGCGGCGGAAGCUUGAACAGGCCCGAGGAGGUGAGGGGGAUGGAACCUGGGUGCUGCCCCGGACCCAAGUCCUCGGCACUCGGCCCUCUCCUACCCCUGCUGUGACGACCCAGCCUAACUGUGUCCCCGUGGGAGGCAGUGUGGCCCAGCCUGGUCCCCACGAGGCCUUGUAUGUGGAGAGGCCUCCUGUUCCCCCAGGGUCCUCUCCACACAUCAUCUGGGCCCCCAGCCCCUAUGGCUUCUUCUGGGCUCCACAGUCCAGCCCCUGGGUAUCUGUUGCGACCGUUCCUCCCACGCUGCUGGCUUCCACACAGGUUCCCUUGGCCUCUACCCUAGCUACCCCCGUUCCCACUCCGGUACCCUCAGCCUCCAUCCCAGUGCCCUCAGCCUCCACCCUGGCUCCCCUGGCCUCCACUCCCACGCCCCCCACUACCCUCCAGGGCCCAGGCCCUCCCUCCCCUGAACCAAGCAGCCCUGCCCAGCAAGAGAAGCUGGGCCCCAAACCUCGGAGGUCCAGAGCUCUGCAUCCAGAAGACUCUGGCGAGGGGCCUGACCUGCAGCUCAGGGGCGCCUUGGGUCAAGUAGUGACAGCUCGGCUGUUCCCUGACUUCCUGGAAGACACACCCCCUCGCCUUGAGGGCCCGCCUCCAGCGGCCACUGAAUCUCGAAAAGUAGAAGUCACACACCCACAAGCCAAGGUUUCGCCCCCUUGCCCAGAGGUCACGCCCGCUCCCUCUGACCCUCACUGUCGGUCAAGGGCUCAGGGUCGCAAAGCCAAGGCCACGCCCGCUCCAGCGGGGUCAGUGCUUCAGAAAGUUAAAGCCACUUGCUCUGCUGAAGCCGAGUGUCCACAGCCCAAGGCCCCACCGCCUCCAACUGAGGAGGCGUCCACACUCCCCAAGGCUCCGCUGCCAGAGUUCAAGGCGGGGCCUGUUGAGGCCGUGGCCACGCCCCCACCAGGGGACCCUCAGCCCCCAGCAGAGGACUUGCUCUCCCAGGCCGUGCGACUUCUGGAGGCUGCAGAAGACUCAGAUGGCAGUGAGUUCCAGGACGACCCGGUGCUGCGGGUGCUAAGAGCUCAGAGGGCAGAGCUGAGGCUGCAGAAGAGGAAAGUGGAUGCCCAAUUAUCCAUCCUGUUGGACCAUGCUGAAGACCGAGGAUCGUGGUUGCCUCCAGCCAGGUCACCCACAACGUCGUCCCCACGGAGGCGGCUGCGCAGGGAAGGAGUCUCUCUUGAAGCUAGACGACUUUGAAUUGCAUACGAUCUAUUUUUCCCAAUGAAACUUGUUUUACCAGGUUCCUCUUUGUCUCUGAGAAAUGGAUUAUUGUGGAAUGGCCAAGGGUUGUGCCAAUUUCAGGAACCGUCCCUCCCUCUCUAUUCUGACCACUGAAUCAAAAUUUAUUUUCUGGUUUCAUCUGGGCUUGGGAAGUCUGGGCAAGUCUGAGACCUAAUUUAUCCGACUUCAACUCAGGAGUGGAUCUUUCUGUCUCAGAUGGACAAAGGGACUGUCCUCUAGAUAUGAAGCUAACUAGGGUCACCCAAGCGUUGACCAGUAGUCGAUAUCCUCUUGUGUCAGCCACAGCCUUUGGUGCAAGUGAUCCUUCCCUCUUUGAAGCACUUCUUUCUCUGCUUCCAGAACCUUCUCAUUACCUGUUGGCUCUUGCCUCUUCAUUGCCCCAAUGUGUCAACUUUGGUGUCUCCCAAGGCUUUGACUUAUCUAUCUACACUCUCUCCUAGGUGCUCUUGUCUAGCCUAAUGGCUAUAAACUCCAUCAAUAUUCUGAUAGCCCCUAAAUUUCUAUCUCUGGCCUAGAGUUGAGUUUCUACAUGGCGUUGCCCGCUCAACAUCUCCACCCAAAGGUCUAAGUGACUUCUUUCAAAUUCCAUAGAUCCUCAAAUUCCUGAGCUCCCAGCCUCCCUGCUAAACUUGCUCCUCCUUCCUUUUCCUUAGCUCUGUCCUUUUAGCUGACAAGCCAAAGCCUUAUAGUUGACCUUUACUCUUCUUUCCCUUCCACCUACAGUCAGGCAGAAAAUUCUGUCAUUUCUAGCUUUAAAAUUGUCAAAAUUUUACCCUCUUCUUCCACUGCCCUCACCUCAGUCUAGGCUGUCACCACCUCCUACCUGGACUAUUGAAACUUAUUAUUAAACAUGUUGGAGCUGAGGUGGUGGCUCAGUGGUAGAGCACUCACCUAGUACCUGUGAGGCACUGGAGUCAAUCCUCAGCACCACAUGAAAAUAAACAAAGGUAUACAUACAUAGAGUAUAACUUUUAGAAAAAUGUGUGUGUAUUUUUUUGGGGGGAGGGGCGGGUACCAGGGAUUGAACCAAGGGGCACUUAACCACUGAGCAACAUCCUCACCCCCUUUUUAUGUUUUUAUUUUGAGACAGGUUCUCACUAAGUCCUUAGAGCUUUGCUUAAGUUGCUGAGGUUGGUCUGGAACUUGUGAUCCUCCUGCCUCAGCCUUCUGAGUCACUGAGAUUACAGGCAUGUGCCACCACAUCUGGCUUAUGUGUUCUUUGACACUUGCCAAGAGGUAGUCUACAUUCCUUCUCUUUGAAACAGCCACUCAACCAAUAGAGUACAGAGGAAAGGAUGCAGCUUAACUUCCAAAACUCAGAAAAGAUGAUAUCAUCCAUUUGGUUUCCUUUGGCUCCCUUUCUGAUCCUUGUUUUAGAGUCCAUGUUUAAAAAAAUAAAAUGAACCUGAUUUACUAUGCUGGGGAUAGAUUACACACUUAUCAAACUCAGUGAAUUUUAUUGUAGGUACAGAUUUAUCACAAAAGAAAAAUAAAGAUAUGCAUGCUUAAAUAUUUAGGGGGCAGUAUAACAACCUGUGCAAUUUAUUUUAUUUUUUAAUUUUUUUUAAUACUUAUUUUUUAGUUUUCAGCGGACACAAUAUCUUUGUAUGUGGUGCUGAGGAUCGAACCCAGGCCGCACGCAUGCCAGGCGAGCGUACUACGGCUUGAGUCACAUCCUCAGCCCUGUGCAAUUUAUUUUAAAAUGCAUCAAAGAUUAAUUGGAUUGAUGAAUGAAUAAAGUAACAGAUAUAAGACAAAUAAAAUGAAAUGUUAAUGGCAAGAUCUAACUGGAUAUGUGGAUGUCCUCUAAAAUUUUUCAACUUGCUAUAAGAAACUUUAAAAUAAAAUGAUGGAGAAUAUUUGACCAAGAUUGUUAUACCUGUCUAUAAAAAAUAAAAGUUGGGUUAGGAUGGAUUUCUAACAGCA